AUGCUUGCCUUCGACUUCAUCUCAUUCACUAGCCUUUUCCUUACUCUCCUUGGUACUUUUCAGGAUGUGCAGGCACAUCCUUACCCACUGCAAUCUCGACAAGAGAAAUCAACAGGACUAUACAUUGCAUCCAUAAGAGAUGGUUCGUGUCUUUCCAUUCCAGGUUCAACUCCAACGAUCGGAAGUAGAAUCAUCUCAUCGACAGAUUGUGAGAAUGCUGAAACUUGGCAUGUACCUAAUGGUAAUGGAUUGUUGGGUCUGGAUACAGUGGCGUUAGUGUGGGACCGAUCUGAUAAAGGUAACAUCAUCUUGAAUGAACCCAUUAAAAAUUCAACCAGCCAAUCAUGGCUCUGGUCGUAUGAUAAUCGGAUCUCUACAUCGGACGGCACAGCAUGUCUGGAACAAUCGAGCAGCGGACCUUUGAGAGCAGACUGUGAUCCUGAGAAUCUCAAUCAAGUCUGGAUACUUCGAAAUACUUCAUAUCCACCUAACAUCGAGGAUAUACCCAAACAGCAAGACGUGAUUGGGCAAGGAUACAUUCAUCCAUUCGGCAGAAAAGAUAUUUGCCUUGCUGGUAUAUCCAAUUCAUCUCCAUAUGCAGGUGUAGGAGUAGCGAUGACUUACUGCUCGGGUAAAGGCGAUGGCUCUACCAUGCAGCCAGUCUCGACAUCUCAAUCAUUGAUGAAAUGGAAUCUUCCUUUAACAGGUAAAGAAGGUCACGUGAAAUUAUCAGGAUCGAAUUUCUGUCUUGAGUCAGGACUUAAGGUUCUUAACGGUACAAAUACAGGGUACGACUACAAGUAUCAAUAUGGUAUGGGAGUUAGGAUCGAACCUUGUGAUGAGAACGAAGAUGGUCAGCAGUGGUUAUGGGAUGGAAAACUCCUGAAACUAUCCAAAAGCUUAGACCAAUGCCUUAAUAUACUAGGUGGAUCAGGUCCAAUUCAACAAACUAAUUUCCUCAAUCUAAGGCCUAUGCAAUUAUGGACAUGCGACCAGGAAGAUGAAAAUUCCGUAAGUAGUGCUCCCACUUUUACCUCGUUGGGUGUCAUCAAAAUCCCAACCGACCACUCAAACUAA